ACCAGAGCGGCUUCGGCAACCGGAGGGAGCGGAUCUGUGUCGAGACACGUCAGGCGCACCCGGGCAGGGCUCAUGGAUGGCUGAGCGGGCGAGGAUUCCUCUUGCGCCUCAAUCCUGAACUCGCCACCCUCUCUGAGACGGCACACUUUGGCGGCAGAGACUCCUGAGCUUUUUUGAAAGGGAGCCGAGCCGAGUCCCGGAGAAGCCGGCAUCAUGUCCGCGGAGGCGCUUUUGAGCAUGGAUGAGGGGACCCUCCGGAAACUGCUGGAGGCCACGUUGGACCUGGCCGAGCGGCGGCAGAUCCGCUCCGCCAUCCGGGAAGUGCGUCGGCAGGAGCUGGAGCACGACGAGGAGUCGCUGGCGUCCAAGCGCUUCCGGACGGAGCGCAGCGCGGAGCAGCAGGAGAACAAGGAGAACCUGCUGCGGUCCCGGCGGCUGGAAGAGGAGGAACAGCAGCAGAAAUCUCUGGACCUCCUUUCCGGGAAGUUGGAGGCCAUACAGGAUGUGGAGGAACUCACAGCCUUGCUGCGAGGGGCCAGCGAAUACGAAGAGCGCAAAUUGAUCCGGGCUGCCAUCCGCAAGCUGCGAGCUGAAGAAAUUGAAGCUGCAGCCUUAGCUGGGAAGGGCUACUGCCACCGGAGGAACACGAAGGAAGCCCCAGAGUCCAAAGGGCAGGACGAAAACGCUACCGACGGAAAUAACUCUGAGGUGCAGGAGGUAGCAGAGCGGGAGCUGAUCCGGGCCCAGAUCCGGGAGCUGCGAAGCCAACAGCAGGGAGAAGCGAAGACGGCGGACUUGCCAGACUCUUCCUCGGGGACGUUUUUGCUCCUGGACCGGGUCCCUUGCCAGGCCCCUUCGGAGUCGUCCUCGUUCCCGGAGAGCGAGCCAGAUCCAGAGUCAAGUGCUGGGCCCUCCAAAGCCAGCUCCCAUGACAGUGAUUCCGGCGCAGAAUCUGAGCCCCCUGCUGAGGAGGAGCGCGACACAGCGGCUCUGGAGGGCAGUGAGGAGUUGAAGCUUCCUGAAGGAGUGGCCCCCGACGAGGCCAUGCAAGGACAGCCGGAUGCCUCCGCCGCUGGAGGAGGUGCCCGCUCGGGAGAGGAGCCCCGCCUGAGGCUACCCAGCGAGGAGAGCGAGAGGGGAGAGGAGGUGCCUCAAGCCCCAGAGAAGGAAGCGAGCGCAGCGGACAAAGAGGAAGACGCAGCCCCCUCAGAAGCCGUCCCCAAGAGUCCGGCCUGCUCGGAGGCUCACAGCUGCGCAGCUGCGCAACCCGCACCGCCACCGAAGUCCCACGCAGAUCCUCGGCGGGAGCAGCCCUUCCAGAGGUCCGGCUCCGUGUGGGAGCGGGCUCGCAAGUUCAGCUCGGAGCCCCCCGGCCAAGCAGGGUCCUCGCCUGCUCCCCAAAAGGGGGAGAGUGCCGGCAGAGGCCCCCGCGUCCUGCAGCAGCAGCGUCAGCCUCUCCUGCAACCCCAGCGUGUGGCGGACUUACCCGUGGGGUCCCGGGGUGGCGCCGUCGGUCGUGCGUUCCAGGAUGGCACCGGGCACCGGGCAGGGGACGGCGGUACCGGCACGGAGCAGGCGGCCAAGCCCUCUCCGGCAAAGGCUGGAGCGGCGCGGCCCCCGGCUCACGGUCCAGCCGGCCCUAAAGAGGCGGGCGGUCCCAGGGGGAGGAGCCAGGGCGGCCAAUGGCAGGCCAGCAAGCUGACACCUGCCCAGCAGCCGGUUGAAAACACCAAGGGGAGCUUGGCUGUGGGCUCAGAGGUGCCCCGUGCCCAGCCGAGCCGCCCCGUGCCGCCCCAGGACCGCAGCCUUGGCUCCGACCCCGACGACGCCAUGAAGACCCUCUUCACCAUCGAAAUCAAGGAUGGACGGAGCCAGCCCGUCCGUAGCCACAUCGUGGGUGCGCCAGGGAACCAGCGGGCAGAGCUCACCCUGGGAUUGAGGAGCAGCCCCAUCCGAAUCACCACCAGCAGCGCCGGCGGCGGCGGCAGCACCGGCCAUGGCGGAAGCAGCGGCCUUAACCAGAUGGAUGCCGAGGUGCCGGAGCAGCCGGAGGCACCGGACGCGGCGUUGUUGAACGGCACAGAGAAGGAGAAACACCGGGCUCAGGAGCUACAGCAACGGAGCCGGCUCAGCGCCGAAGAGCUGAGCAAAAUUGAGGACGAGGACGUGUUGGAUAAGAUGUUGGAUCAGACUACUGACUUCGAAGAGCGGCGGUUGAUCCGGGCAGCCAUGCGGGAAUUGCGCCAGCGGAAGCGAGACCAGCGGGAGAAGGAGCGCGACCAGCGGCUGCAGGAGGCCAAGGCCAAGGGGGCCAGUCACACCACGGAGACCACCGCCCGGCAGAGUGCCACGUCGGCCGACGGCUCAGCCGUCAGCACGGUCACCAAGACGCAGCGCCUGGUGCAGUCCAACGAUGGCAGCAAAACGUCCCGCACGAUGACGAUGGAGUCGAGUUAUGUGAAGAGAUCAGGAACAGGCAGCAACACCUUCGUCCAGACCACGUCGUCCUACAGCGCAUCGUCCUCCAAGAAAGUGGGCAGCAUCUUCGAGCGGGAGGACCAGAGCCCCGGGCGCGCCGGCAGCUUGGCUGCUCUGGAGCGGCGCCAAGCCGAGAAGAAGAAGGAGAUGAUGAAGGCUCAGAGCUUGCCCAAGACGUCGGCUUCGCAGGCGCGCAAGGCCAUGAUUGAGAAGCUGGAGAAGGAGGGCGGCAGUCCAGCAAACCCAGCCGUGUCCCGGGUGGCUGUCCAGCGCUCCUCCAGUUUCGGGGUCCCCAACGCCAACAGCAUCAAGCAAAUGCUCUUGGACUGGUGCCGUGCCAAGACCCGGGGCUACGAGCACGUCGACAUCCAGAACUUCUCGUCCAGUUGGAGUGACGGGAUGGCCUUCUGCGCCCUUGUCCACAACUUCUUCCCCGAGGCCUUCGAUUAUGCGCAGCUCUCGCCACAGGACCGACGGCGCAACUUCGAGAUGGCCUUCUCCGCGGCAGAGGUGCUCGUGGACUGCGUGCCGCUGGUGGACGUGGAAGACAUGAUGAUCAUGGGGAAGCGUCCAGACGCCAAGUGCGUCUUCACCUACGUGCAGUCCCUCUACAACCACCUGAGGCGCCACGAGCUCCGGAUGCGCCAGCAACGCUUCUAGCCUUCCUUUCCUCCCCCCUCACGGGGGGCUGCAUCCCCUCCCAGGAGCCGCCCUCCCCUCCAGGACAUCCAACCCGGCUGGGCCACAGGCAAAAGGAGGACGGCUUCACCCACCCACC